CCCAACCCCAGCCCGGGGGUGACCCCGCAGCAAGAGGCGACGCGCGCACCGAGCGCCCCCCGGCGGUGGGGCCAUGGCGCUGCAGCGCACCUACCCGCCCAAGCCCCGCAACUUCGUGGCGCUCGACAACUGCUGGAGAGAAUACAUUGAAAAGGAACUAGAAGCUGCACGUAGUGUGUCUCACAAGUGGGGAUUCUUGAAAAAACCUCUGGAGGAGGAGUUGAUUGAAGACAAAAAGAAAGAAAAUGCAAAGCCCAAGAUACAACUUCCAGAACAUCUGCAGGUUCGACCUGUGACACCUAUAGAAAAAUACAUUAAGGUUAUGCCAUCUCCUCCAGUACCCAAGACUACCCAGGGAUUUAUUGGCUGGAGAUCAGGUGUUCCAGGGUUGGAACUUGAACGUGGUUUUCAAAUCCAAAGCUGCAAAGGUACCUUUUUUAGGGAUCUGAAGUGGCCAUGUGAGCCCUCUGACUGAUGUUAAGAAAUAGCAGGUUGGCACGUAGAUCUGUUUGCACCCCUAAAUAAACAUUCCAUAGUGGACCAUCGGAUUGUUAAACAGUUAUGCUUUAAAAAUUAUUUAUGCAAACAUCCACAAUUGUUUUGGUAAGGUGUGAACAUUUUAAUAUAACAUUUUUUUUGUUACUGAUUUUUUUGAGAUCUACGACACCCAUGCUGUUAGCAAUGCUUCAGGUUUACGUAGAUGUAACCAUGAAUAAACUUUCUAAUUGUUUCUCCAUUAAAGCCUCCAUUCAGACUCAGUCUCACAGCAGCUUUUGCAAACAUAAAUACACACUGCCCUGUUCCUGACAAUCCUACCCUGCUGCUCAUUCCCAAUUCAUCACUUACCUGUGCUACCACAAAAACAUCUCCGGUACAGAAAGAGAAUGAAAAGAGGCAGAGAAGAGUAGCAGGUGUGACUUAAACUGGCUGAAGCUGCCAAGGAACUGCAUCCUGGCAUUUUGGAAAAAGCUUUCCUCAUUAAAAAGUGCAACAAAGAAACAAAUGAAAAACACCUGCAAAAAAGAUAAUUAUCGGGCUUCAUCAUAGUGUGUCCACUGCAGCUUGAAAAAAAAGCAGGCAAAUCGUAAGUACAGUUAAGUCAUAAUUAUUAAAUGCAUUGUCUUUUGUGUUGUGCAUGCUCUACAGGUAGUUUGUGUAGUUACGCACCUAAGUAAAUGAGUAGUUCCCUGUGUAGCUGCUUGAUUGGUAUAAAUAAAGCAUACACGGGCCACAGUGACACAAAGUCACUCUCAAAAAUUAGUUUUGAUGUCAAACUAGGUUUUUAUCAAUUAAUUGAACAGAAUUCAAAUGUAUUACAAAGUAUGUAUGUUGCUUCAGUUUUGUUUAUAAUAAUAUUUAUACCACCAGGACUGAUGAAAGUAGGGGAUUGCACUGGGAGUCGCUGGUGUAGCUGCUUCAGUGCUACGGAGUUACCUUCCUGAAGAUUUGCCAGGGCUUUUGCAAACUCAGGAGAUUCUUUUAGUCAAAGCAACUAUUUGCAGGAUAUAUUUUUAAUUGGCUGAUGUUUUUAAACCAAAAGAUUGUUUAAACAAAUAACAGCCUCCAAGAAAUAAACACAGGCAGCUCCUUAUAACUCCUUAUUCCUUAAAGAGGAAACACUUUUCUCUUUAAUCCAGCUGCAAGAUCUCCUUUGUAUUCUGUAUCUUCUUAUUUAGUCAGCAGUAAAUCCUUGGCUUUCAUAGCAGUAGGUCAGCAGCUAGUGUUUGUUCUUUCCUUCUUCCCAAGAAAUGACUCACAAUGAUCAACAUCCCACCUUUUUUUUUUUUUUCACAUCGAGUUCCAAAUGCCCACAAAAUAAUAAUAUUUUACUUUUUCCAUAUUCGUUGCAAAAAAUGGAGAAGUGACUCAUAUCCUUUGGAAAGAUCACCAAGAACGAGAAUACAUAGCAGAAGUAACUUCAGACACAUUACUUAAAAACCAGAAUAAAGAAUAACUUGGAAUCAGACUCUGGAAAUUUAGGCUAAAUUGCAGUUUAGCUACUAACUGUAACGUGUGUGAGCUGUUCUUUGAACAAGCAAGAUAAUUGUAAGAACAAUAUUUUAAAUCAGUGGGCAUUCUUGUCAUUGCUGGGUUUGUAUCUCUAUUUUAAUCACAUGGUUCUUCAGUUUAUUUUAAGGUCACGUAAAGAUCCUCAUAUUCUUGUAUGGUUUAAAUAAACAGGUAUAGUAAAGAUUUUGUUGCGAUUUAAUAGCAACAAAAUUACAUGAAUUCAGGCCAAAAGAAAGGGGAGCUUCAAGACCACUGUUUGUUUUUUAAAAAACAAUGUUUUAUGAAAGAACAAAAGCUGGCACCUAGUAUCCAGUAGAUGUUUGUAUGAUAUGAAAUCCAAAUCCAUGAGUCAUAGUUUCUGAAAACCAAAAUAAAUUAUUUGUCCAGCAUCUCCAGUUUGACAUUUCUGAAUCUUAAUCCCAGUGGCUGGCUGUUAAUUCUGUACUAACAGUAAAGGGGGGUAUGUGUUAUUAUACUUCUCACCAUUUAAGGCACCUUUGCUUCAGGAGAUACUUAGAUAUAGCCUAAUUUGGGAAGUGUAGGGGGUAUUGUCUAAAAUUCGAACUCAUUCCUCUAGCAUAAAUCUGUCAGUUGUUAAUUGAUCCAUGUAUAUGGAAUUUUGGUGUUCAAGAAUAUGUGAAACUAUAAACCUGGGUAUUUCUUUUCCCAACACUUUCAGUUGGACCCUUUAUACCUGAAAAAAAAAAGUGUAGAAGUUGUGGAUUUGCAGCUGACAAAGGACUGCCCACUCAGCUGCCCCAACCGUGAUUCCAAAAGGCUGAUACAGAAUUAUUAAAUUGCCUUGUAAUGUUUCAAACUUGGCAUUUAAUUUGCAGAAAUUAACCUAUUUAUUGGAGCCAAGUUGGGCACAUAAAUGUCACUGCACACCAUAAAAUGUCACACCAUCUCCAAGGUCAAGACAGUGUGAGUAAACUCAGUGCACACACUGUGGAAAUGCUUCAAAACAAAAGUAAAUCACUUUAAAAACGCAGCAAAAGUCAAGACAAUUUUAACCCUAUAUAAAGGCCUUAGACCUGUGCUUCUGUGCAAGUCAGAGCAGAAUGGGAUGUUUCUAAACAUAUAUUAAAAGUUAUGCAGUUCAUUUUUAACCAAAAUUUGAAAAUGAAAUGCAAGUAUAUUUAGAUGUCUUCUAUGCUUCAAUCUAAAUUUCAUUGGGUGUAAUCUUUUGUAAAGCUGUUGGUGGUCUAAGGUUCACAUCAGCAAACUUGUACGCAUAUCAAGUCUUCCCUAGCUGGGUACAAUUUUUCAGAAAACUGAAGCCUUCUUGUCUUCUGACUGUUGCUUUCAGAAAAAAACAGAUCUUUGAUAAUAGAUUCAUUUUAAACAAGAACUAUGGAUGAUGCUUUCAGAAUUGCCUGUGCAAAAAAAAUACUGUAUUUGAUACACAGUCACCACAGCAAGACAUGAAAAUAGGUCAGCCAUACAGCUUUUGCCACCAUGGAUGUGUGCUUGCAUAUACUUUCCUGGGUGUGUGAUGAAAUCAUAGUAGAGGCUGAAACAACAAUUGUAUAUAAGUUGAAGAACUAGGAAAUCAGAAUUUUCUUUCUCAAAAGCACUUGCUUUAUAAACAACAAAAUUGGGUGACAAAAACCUGAUGCAUUGUCCUUUACAAUGUGUUAUCCGUGCUAUUAGAACUGGCAUAGACUGGCACUUAUCAUUUCGUUAAUAUAAAAUGUCUUACCAGGAGCUCAGAGUUGAAAGAUUAUUAUUGAUUUUAAAUACAUUUUGCAUCACAGAGUAAAGAUUUUUGAUUAGAUGAUAGUGCAAUGAUGAUUCUGUAUAAGUAGCACUACUCAAAUCGCAGUCACCAUACAAGUGUGGCUGCACAUUUUGAAAGAAGCAAAAUGGAAAGCAGCCACAGCGUGUGCCGAGCCGAUCGAUCCAGCUGCUGUAAAAGGCAGCCGCUUAGAGAAUAAAUCUAAUCAGUGUUCUGCAUGAGACAUUUCUACAAACUUACAUGCUGUGACUAUUCCAAUGGAUACCAACUGCAGCCCCAAGUCUGGGCAAAACCAGCUGUCUCCAGUUCCUGCUGUUGGCUACUCUGUCAGCCUAAAGUAACUUUAAUUCUGAGAUCGUCUGCCUGACAAAACAGAGGAGGUAGAUUUUUUUUUCUUUUCAGAGACCUGAGGUUCCCCAUUCACACACAUCAUUUCCCUUUUUUUAGUGAAGGAUUCUUUGUGGUUUCUGCCACAUUUCUACAAAGUACCAAAGCGACAGACAGUAGUCUAACAUCGUCAUUGGCAACCAGACCAGAAAUCUCUGCUCCCAUGUGAAGCCCAACCCACGUCACUUCUUGCAUUGAGUUCCUAAAUGCGUCCUAUUUAGUUCCCCUUAAAACCUUUGUCAGCUUAGCAAGACAGAUAAGGCCCACUCACAGACUACUACUUUCUUCCUGACUCCUGUGGUUUUCACAUCCCAUCAAAUUAUUAUUUAACUAGUUGAAAGCAUGUCAAACCAUUUCAAAGGACCAUAGCGUAAUAAAUUUAACUGUACUGGAAAACGAUAUUGAUGUGCUGUGAAACUGAUAAGAGUUGCCAGUGAACAAAACAUUGUCCCUUCAGUCUGCUCUACCAUAGGUGCAAAAGACAGGCAGUACUGAGAAAUAAAUCCAAAACAAAACCAGAGACUUUGUGAAAACAACAAAUCUGAUUCAUGCUGCACCAGUGAAACAAAACAUUGGAAAGGGUUGUUAUUUUUGUCAGAUUAAUUGGAGAUAAUUUUGACCUUAGGGUUUCAGGCUGCUUACACACAUCUCAAGACUUGCUCUAUUUCAUGGAGAACAGUUCAAAGAGAUUAAAAGAAUGCUCUUUCCUGUAUGCCUCAGUGGUGGAUUUAUUUCCAUAAUGGUUCUCAACUGGAAGUUCUCUGAUACAACCUGAAGAGCACUGCUUGGCAGCUUUUCAUCCCAGUGUAGGAAGAUGUAGGGUUGCCACCUCUGAAGUAAGACACACCAAUCUAAGCACUGGAUUUAUAGCCCAGGCACUGAAAUGUCCAAACUAUUCCAGCUUGGUGGGAAGCCACUGAACAUCCUGCACAAGGCUUGCGUUCAUGAAGAGUGUUCUGAAAAAUCUGCAUUUUCCUCUGCAGUAUCCCCAAACUGCCACGGCUUCCUCUGGCCAUGGGGCAGCGCUGGAGCUUAUGCACCGCAUCUCAGCAUUCAGGGAGGCAGUUCAGUAGAUGUUAAAAGAAGAAGGAUGAGAUGGAGUCAGACCAUCUGAUAAGAGUAAAAGUAAACAUAGCAGGUUAAUUUAAUUCGUUAUCGCUUAAGCAAAUGCAGCUGGAUUUACUAUACAUGCAAAGUUCUAGCUGGACAUCAUUAUGUCUGAUCGCCAGCGUAAGAUUUUUCCAGCCUUUAAUGUUUUAAUUUUUCAUAAAACAAUACAUUGAUCUCAGAAGUGACAUUGCACUGCCGUAGAAAACCUAAAAGUACAAAAAAUUCAAUGUGUUUAGCAACAGCCCAGGAAAUCACAGAUCAAAGGCUGGUUGUUACUGCUUGGUCCUUUUUUUUUCCCUUUUCUUUAAAGACAAGAGCAUAGGAGAAAUCUGAGCUUAGAAUAAGCACACUUCCUACUCUUUGGAAAUGCAUAAUAGAGGUUACAUUUUAUGUGCUAGGUACAUUAUAGUACAAUACAUUAAAGUAUUCUUUUAGAGAGUAUCUUGGAGGAUAAUUGCCUGUCAUAUCUUUUAUAUCAGUUAAGUUUAUUACUCCUGACUUGUGUCAGUAACAAAAAGCUUAGGAUUUUAAUGAUAGCUAAGAAAAGGGCAAUCAUAUUUCAUGCAAGAGUGGUAUAUAUAUUUUUUUUUAAUUUCAGUAAAUAUUAAGUUCUUAAUAGCCUGGUAGCAAACCAAGAAAACUCUGACCAAGUUUUUGCUUCAUUUCUCAA